AUGUCUGAUAAACGCAUGCACGACCCCGCUGAGGGGCACGAGAAGACUAAAGAAAACUUGUCGGAUACUUCCGAUACUAUUGUCGUCGACGAUAUCGCAGACUCUGAUGAUCCCGACACUCUCCACGAAGACAGCUCAGAUGAGAUGGACGAAGACAGCAUAGAAGACAGCGAAGACGACAUGGACGAUGACAGCGAAGAUGAUUCCGACCACGAGAUCAGUUUGCCAGAUGACUUGAACAAGGCUCUCAAAGCGAUCAAGACGCCCGGGACUUUUGCGGCAUGGGAGGUGCUGCUGGGAGCUCUACCGGCUGGGCUCCAUGUUGAUGGAGUGGGAGACAUCUCGAUGCCCUUGAGCGAAGAGUGCGUUCGAAAACUUAUCGCCAAAGCACACCAGGCUCCCUUCGGCCGCAGAAGCGAGACACUGGUCGAUGUCUCUGUCCGCAACACAUGGGAAAUCGAUGGCGAUCAGUUGCGCUUCCUCGACCCCUUAUGGCUGCCUUACUUGGUCGAUUUAAACAAACGUGUCGCCAAGAGUCUUGCUCACACGGGUGGUGAAGUGGUCGUCAAGCACAACGGUGAAACCAAGACUUUGAGCACAUCCGAUGCAAAACAAUCAUUUGCGUGCUGGUUUUCCGAUGUGACUCACGAGGUGCUGCCCGUGAAAUCUGGUUAUCGUUGCGUCUUGACUUAUAAUCUGGCCACCAGGCCCGAUGAAGCCCGGCCAUCAGCAAGUACAUUCGACUUGGAAAAGGUGCCGCUCCGACAAACGCUCAGACGCUGGAGCAAAGACGCGCGCCUCUAUGAUGCGGAGAGCUUUCUUUACUAUCCCCUUGAACAUGAGUACACGCAAGCUUCCAUGUCUCUCCAAGCGCUCAAGGCUGAAGACUAUGCCAGGGUCAAGGCCGUCCAGGAUCUUACGGCCGAACUUCCCUUUGAAAUAUUCUUGGCAUUGAUGGAGAAAAAAGAACAGGGGAUGUGCGAGCCAGAUGGCACCGAUGACUACAAACGUUGUGGCGGCUACGAUGGCGAGAUCGAGGUUGAUGAGACUGGGGGCUCGCAUGUCCUCGAAGAUGUCGAUGACACUGAAUAUGUUGUCAAGUCACUCCACGCACUUGAUGGCAAGGCCAUUGCCAGCGACUUUGAUUUCGAUACAGACCAAUGCACUGAGGACGAUCCCUUUGCCUUUGUCGGCAUUGCCAGAGAAGAAUAG